CUUCGCAUCAUUACAACAGAACUGCUUAUUCACUCGAGCAACUCUUGUAUUGUGAAUUUAUCGUUUUUAGCUAAAAUGCCCGAUUAUCUUGGUGAUGAUAUGAGAAAAACAAAAGAGGAGAAGGAGGAAGAAAAGGAUAUUAAAUCUCUUGAUGAAGCUGAUAUCGCUUUACUUAAAACUUAUGGACAGGGUCAAUACACAAAAAGCAUUAAAAGUGUUGAAGAUGAUAUACAGACGAUAAUCAAACGUGUUAAUGAACUAACAGGUAUUAAGGAAUCAGAUACUGGUUUAGCUCCUCCUGCUCUAUGGGACUUGGCCGCAGAUAAGCAAAUACUCCAAAAUGAACAGCCCCUUCAGGUUGCCAGAUGUACAAAAAUUAUUAAUGCUGAUUCUGAAGACCCAAAAUACAUUAUAAAUGUAAAGCAGUUUGCGAAAUUUGUGGUUGACUUAGCUGAUUCAGUUGCACCUACUGAUAUUGAAGAAGGGAUGAGAGUCGGUGUUGAUAGAAACAAAUAUCAAAUUCAGAUACCUCUUCCACCAAAAAUAGAUCCAACUGUAACUAUGAUGCAGGUUGAGGAAAAACCCGAUGUCACUUACAGCGAUGUUGGUGGUUGCAAUGAACAAAUUGAAAAAUUGAGAGAAGUAGUUGAGACACCUUUGUUACAGCCUGAAAAGUUUGUGAAUUUAGGAAUUGAACCACCAAAAGGAGUUCUUCUUUUUGGUCCUCCUGGUACAGGAAAAACACUUUGCGCUAGAGCAGUUGCUAAUAGAACCGAUGCUUGUUUUAUUAGAGUAAUUGGUUCAGAACUUGUCCAAAAAUAUGUUGGAGAGGGAGCAAGAAUGGUGCGUGAACUCUUUGAAAUGGCUAGAAGUAAAAAAGCUUGCCUAAUUUUUUUUGAUGAAAUAGAUGCUAUUGGUGGAGCCAGGUUUGAUGACGGAGCUGGGGGUGAUAAUGAAGUUCAAAGAACAAUGUUAGAACUUAUCAACCAGCUUGAUGGUUUUGAUCCCAGGGGUAACAUUAAGGUUUUAAUGGCAACAAAUAGACCUGACACUUUGGACCCUGCCUUGAUGAGACCUGGAAGGCUGGACAGAAAAGUAGAGUUUGGACUACCUGAUCUGGAAGGUCGUUCUCAUAUUUUCAAAAUUCAUGCACGCUCAAUGAGUGUAGAGAGAGAUAUUCGAUUUGAGUUACUUGCUAGACUCUGUCCCAAUAGUACAGGAGCCGAAAUCAGAUCGGUUUGCACAGAAGCUGGGAUGUUUGCAAUUCGUGCUCGAAGGAAAGUUGCUACAGAAAAGGAUUUCCUUGAAGCAGUAAAUAAAGUGAUUAAAUCUUAUGCUAAAUUCUCCGCCACUCCAAGAUACAUGACAUAUAAUUAAUAGCUAUCUCCGCAUUAACUAAUUUCAUUAAAUUAUGUUACUUUUUUAAAAAUAAAAUUUAUUAUUCUGCUCAC